AUUGUCUCUGCCUUUACAACAGGUUCGGGCGGGGGUGAAGACAGGCGGGUGCGGGGCCGCCCCAGCCCCGGCUUUCUCGGGGCGGCCUUCCUUCCUCCCGGUGUGAGUGCCUUCGGCUGCUUUGAUUCGGCUCCGGAGCUAAUUCCCCGGCGGAGCAGCCCCCGGCGAGUCCGACCCCUCCCUCAGGGCCGCCUCCCAGCCCGCGCCCCGCCGCUUGGGUCUGCGUGUGGGAAUGAUGUGCGCGUUGGAGGGUCUAAGUUCUUCAUGCGCCUGGGGGGUCCUCCCUUUUUUUUCUUAGGCAACCAAAUCGUACUCCUCUUACUAAUCAGUAAAUCCAAGGCAGCGGCAGGAAAGACAAACGCUGUCUUUCCCGCUUGAUUCCAAGAACCUCUUCGAUUUUUAUUUUUAAAGAGGGAGACGAUGGACUGAGCAGAUCCACACCAUGGAGUCUCGGGUCUUACUGAGAACAUUCUGUUUGCUCUUCGGUCUCGGAGCAGUCUGGGGGCUUGGUGUGGACCCCUCCCAACAGAUUGACGUCUUAACGGAGUUAGGACUUGGGGAGUCCACGACAGGAGUGCGCCAGGUCCCCGGGCUACAUAAUGGGACGAAAGCCUUUCUUUUUCAAGAUACUCCCAGAAGUAUAAAAGCAUCCACUGCUACAGCUGAACAGUUUUUUCAGAAGCUGAGAAAUAAGCAUGAAUUUACUGUUCUGGUGACCCUAAAACAGACCCAUUUAAAUUCCGGAGUGAUUUUCUCCAUUCACCACUUGGAUCACAGGUACCUGGAAUUGGAAAGCAGCGGCCAUCGGAAUGAAGUCAGACUGCACUACCACUCCUCCGGCAGCCACCAUCCUCACACGGAAGUGUUUCCUUACAUUUUGGCUGAUGAUAAGUGGCACAAGCUCUCCUUAGCCAUCAGUGCCUCCCACUUGAUUUUACACGUCGACUGCAAUAAAAUAUAUGAAAGAGUCGUGGAAAAGCCUUCCACAGACUUGCCUGUGGGCACAUCAUUUUGGCUGGGACAGAGAAAUAAUGCACACGGAUAUUUUAAGGGUAUAAUGCAAGACGUGCAAUUACUUGUCAUGCCCCAAGGAUUUAUUGCUCAGUGCCCAGAUCUUAAUCGCACCUGUCCAACUUGCAAUGACUUUCAUGGACUCGUGCAGAAAAUCAUGGAGCUGCAGGACAUUUUAGCCAAAACAUCAGCCAAGCUGUCUCGAGCCGAACAGCGAAUGAAUAGAUUGGACCAGUGCUAUUGUGAAAGGACUUGCACCAUGAAGGGAACCACCUACCGAGAACUCGAGUCGUGGACAGACGGCUGUAAGAACUGCACAUGCCUGAAUGGAACCAUCCAGUGUGAAACUCUGAUUUGCCCAAAUCCUGACUGCCCCCUCAAGUCGGCUCUUGCAUACGUGGAUGGCAAGUGCUGUAAGGAAUGCAAACCUAUAUGCCAAAUUCAUGGACGAACCUAUUUUGAAGGAGAAAGAAAUACGGUCUACUCCUCUUCUGGCGUAUGUGUUCUCUAUGAGUGCCAGGACCAGACCAUGAAGCUGGUUGAGAGUUCAGGCUGUCCAGCUCUGGAUUGUCCAGAGUCUCAUCAGAUUACCUUGUCUCAUAGCUGUUGCAAAGUUUGUAAAGGUUAUGACUUUUGUUCUGAAAGGCAUAACUGCAUGGAGAAUUCUGUCUGCAGAAAUCUGAAUGACAGGGCCGUUUGUAGCUGUCGAGAUGGUUUUAGGGCUCUUCGAGAGGACAAUGCCUACUGUGAAGACGUUGAUGAGUGUGCUGAAGGGCGCCAUUACUGCCGUGAGAACACGAUGUGUGUCAACACCCCAGGUUCCUUCAUGUGCAUCUGCAAAACUGGAUACAUCAGAAUUGAUGACUAUUCAUGCACAGAACAUGAUGAGUGUGUCACAAAUCAGCACAACUGUGAUGAAAAUGCUUUAUGCUUCAAUACUGUCGGAGGACACAACUGCGUUUGCAAGCCAGGCUAUACCGGGAAUGGAACUACGUGCAAAGCGUUUUGCAAAGAUGGCUGUAGGAAUGGAGGAGCUUGCAUUGCCGCUAAUGUGUGUGCCUGCCCACAAGGCUUCACCGGGCCCAGCUGUGAAACGGACAUUGAUGAGUGCUCUGAUGGCUUUGUUCAGUGUGACAGCCGUGCUAACUGCAUCAACCUUCCCGGAUGGUACCACUGUGAGUGCAGAGAUGGCUACCAUGACAAUGGGAUGUUUUCACCAAGUGGAGAAUCGUGUGAAGAUAUUGACGAGUGUGGGACCGGGAGGCACAGCUGUGCCAAUGAUACCAUUUGCUUUAACUUGGAUGGUGGAUAUGAUUGCCGAUGUCCUCAUGGAAAGAAUUGCACAGGGGACUGCAUCCAUGAUGGAAAAGUUAAGCACAAUGGUCAGAUUUGGGUGUUGGAAAAUGACAGGUGCUCUGUGUGCUCGUGUCAGAAUGGAUUUGUAAUGUGUCGACGGAUGGUCUGUGACUGUGAGAAUCCCACGGUUGAUCUUUUCUGCUGCCCCGAAUGUGACCCAAGGCUGAGCAGUCAGUGCCUCCACCAAAAUGGGGAAACCUUGUACAACAGUGGUGACACCUGGGUCCAGAAUUGCCAACAGUGCCGCUGCUUGCAAGGGGAAGUUGACUGUUGGCCCCUGCCUUGCCCAGAGGUGGAGUGUGAAUUCAGCGUCCUCCUAGAGAAUGAGUGCUGCCCGCGCUGUGUCACCGACCCUUGCCAGGCCGACACCAUCCGUAAUGACAUCACCAAAACUUGCCUGGACGAGAUGAAUGUGGUUCGCUUCACUGGGUCCUCUUGGAUCAAACAUGGCACUGAGUGUACUCUCUGCCAGUGCAAGAAUGGCCACAUCUGUUGCUCAGUGGAUCCACAGUGCCUUCAGGAACUGUGAAGUUAACUGUCUCACUGGAAAUUUCUGUUUAAAGAAUGUUCUUUCAUUAAAAAGACCAAAAAAAAAAAA